AUGUUCAGCUUUGUGGAUAUUCGGUUAGCGCUUUUGCUCAGCGCAGCUGUGCUUGUGGCGAGAGGUCAAGGCGAGGAUGAUAGCUCAUUUGGCAGCUGCACACUAGAUGGACAGUUGUACAACGACAAAGAUGUGUGGAAACCCGAGCCGUGCCAGAUCUGUGUUUGCGACAGCGGCACAGUGAUGUGCGACGAGGUUAUCUGUGAGGACUCAUCUGACUGCGCCGACCCCAUCAUCCCAGAGGGAGAAUGCUGCCCCAUCUGCCCCGACCAAAAUGUCAAGGGAGACAUUGGUCCCAAGGGAGACGUGGGUCCCAUGGGUCCUCCUGGAAAUGAUGGAAUCCCCGGACAGCCUGGACUUCCCGGCCCACCUGGACCCCCUGGCCCUCCUGGCCUUGGUGGCGGAAACUUCUCUCCUCAAAUGAGCUAUGUGGACCACUCCAAAUCCAGUGGCGGCCCACCCAUGCCUGGCCCUAUGGGCCCAAUGGGUCCACGUGGUCCUGCUGGACCUCCUGGAUCUUCUGGUCCUCAGGGUUUCACUGGUCCCCCUGGCGAGCCCGGUGAGCCUGGAGCUUCUGGCCCCAUGGGUCCUCGUGGUCCAGCUGGCCCCGUAGGAAAGAACGGAGAUGAUGGUGAAGCUGGCAAAGCUGGACGCCCCGGUGAGCGUGGAGCCCCUGGCCUGCAGGGUACCCGUGGAUUCCCCGGAACUCCCGGACUUCCCGGCAUCAAGGGACACAGAGGUUUCAGCGGUUUGGAUGGCGCUAAGGGAGAUGCUGGACCUGCCGGACCUAAGGGAGAGGCUGGUGCCCCUGGUGAGAACGGUAUCCCUGGAGCCAUGGGUGCUCGUGGUGUUCCAGGCGAGAGAGGCCGUCCCGGACCAGCUGGCCCUGCUGGUGCUCGUGGUAACGAUGGCAACGCUGGCCCUGCUGGACCCCCUGGACCUACUGGACCUGCUGGUCCCCCUGGAUUCCCAGGCGGCGCUGGUAUAAAGGGAGAGACUGGUCCCCAAGGUGCUCGUGGACCCGAGGGAGCCCAGGGAGCUCGUGGUGAGCCUGGUAACCCAGGACCUGCUGGAGCUGUCGGACCCGCUGGUGCCCCAGGAUCUGAUGGUGCCCCUGGUGCCAAGGGUGCAACUGGUCCCGCUGGUAUUGCUGGUGCUCCCGGUUUCCCCGGUGCUCGUGGUCCCGCUGGAGGUCAGGGUGCCGUCGGUGCUCCUGGUCCCAAGGGUAACAAUGGUGACCCAGGUGUUGCUGGUCCCAAGGGAGAGCCUGGUGCCAAGGGAGAGAAUGGCCCCGCUGGAAUUCAGGGACUUCCUGGCCCAUCUGGUGAGGAAGGCAAAAGAGGACCUCGCGGAGAGGCUGGCGUUGCUGGACCCCGCGGACCUGCUGGAGAGCGUGGUGCCCCUGGUGCUCGUGGUUUCCCAGGAGCUGAUGGAGCUGCUGGCGGUAAGGGCGCCCCUGGUGAGCGUGGUGCCACCGGACCUGCCGGACCUCAGGGAGCCACUGGUGAGUCCGGAGCUCCUGGCGCACCUGGUGCCCCUGGAUCCAAGGGUAUGACUGGUAGCCCCGGAAGCACUGGCGCUGAUGGCAAAGUUGGACCUGCUGGUCCUCCUGGACAAGAUGGACGCCCUGGAGCUGCUGGCCCCACUGGUGCCAGAGGACAGCCUGGAGUCAUGGGAUUCCCCGGACCCAAGGGAGUUGCUGGUGAGAAUGGCAAGCCUGGUGAGAAAGGACCUGCUGGUGCUAUGGGCGCAGUCGGUGCUCCUGGCAAAGAUGGUGAUGCUGGUGCUCCUGGACCUGCUGGCCCUGCUGGACCUGCUGGAGAGAAGGGUGAGGGAGGUCCCGCUGGACCAUCUGGAUUCCAGGGUCUUCCCGGACCCCAAGGUGCUACUGGUGAGACUGGCAAGCCCGGAGAGCAGGGUGUUGCUGGUGAGGUUGGACCCGCUGGCCCAUCUGGACCAAGAGGCGAUAGAGGUUUCCCUGGUGAGCGUGGUGCCCCCGGUGUUGGAGGUCCUACUGGACCCCGUGGUUCCCCUGGCCCCGCUGGUAGCGAUGGACCCAAGGGAGAGCCCGGUGCCCCUGGUGCCAACGGUGCCGCAGGAAGCCCCGGUAUGCAGGGAAUGCCAGGCGAGCGUGGAGCUGCUGGUCUGCCCGGAGUCAAGGGAGAGAGAGGUGAGGCUGGUGCCAAGGGAGGUGAAGGUGCCCCUGGCAAAGAUGGCAUUCGCGGUAUGACUGGCCCUAUUGGACCCCCUGGACCUCCUGGACCUCAGGGUGAGAAGGGUGAGGUUGGCCCAGUUGGAGGUGUUGGAGCCUCUGGUCCUCGUGGUUCACCUGGUGAGCGUGGAGAGGCUGGCCCAGCUGGCCCUGCUGGAUUUGCUGGACCUCCUGGUGCUGAUGGUCAACCUGGUGCCAAGGGAGAGACUGGUGCUACUGGACCUAAGGGAGAUGCUGGUGCUUCUGGUCCCGGUGGACCUGUUGGACCUGCUGGCCCCCAGGGACCCGCUGGACCUCCUGGAGCCAAGGGUGCUCGUGGUGGUGCUGGUGCUCCUGGUGUUACUGGUUUCCCUGGACCUGCCGGAAGAGUUGGACCCGCUGGUCCAGCUGGAGCUGCUGGACCCCCAGGACCCGGAGGACCCGUUGGCAAAGAUGGCGCAAGAGGAGCUCGUGGUGAGACUGGUCCCGCCGGUCGCCCUGGUGAGCCUGGUGCUGUUGGAGUUGCUGGACUUCCUGGCGAGAGAGGAUCUCCUGGUGCCGAUGGUGCCCCUGGUGCUGCUGGUCUUCCCGGACCUCAAGGUAUUGGUGGACAGCGUGGUAUUGUAGGUCUCCCUGGACUUCGUGGAGAGCGUGGUUUCGCUGGUCUGCCUGGACCUGCUGGUGAGCCUGGAAAGCAGGGACCUGGUGGACCCGUCGGUGCUCGUGGACCCCCUGGACCUGCUGGAGCUCCUGGACUUUCUGGUGCUCCCGGAGAGGCUGGUCGUGAGGGAGCUCAAGGACACGAUGGUGCUCCUGGUCGUGAUGGAGCUUCUGGCCCCAAGGGAGACCGUGGUGAGUCCGGUAUUGCUGGACCCCCAGGACCUCCUGGUGCUCCUGGUGCCCCCGGAGCUGUUGGUCCCUCUGGCAAGACUGGCGAUCGUGGAGAGCCUGGUCCUGCUGGUGCUGCUGGCGCUGCUGGCCCUGCUGGUCCCCGUGGUCCUGCUGGACCCGCUGGAGCAAAGGGAGACAGAGGAGAGGCUGGUGAGGCUGGAGAGAGAGGCCACAAAGGUCACAGAGGAUUUACUGGCAUGCAGGGUCUGCCUGGACCUUCUGGAACUUCUGGAGAGAGAGGACCCGCUGGAGCCUCUGGACCUGCUGGACCAAGAGGUCCUUCUGGAUCUAACGGCUCCCCUGGUAAGGAUGGCAUGAACGGAAUGCCCGGACCUAUGGGACCUCCCGGACCUCGUGGUCGUAAUGGAGAGAUGGGACCUUCUGGUCCUCCUGGACCUCCUGGACCUCCCGGACCCCCUGGUGCUCCCGGUGGUGGAUUUGACUUCAUCAGCCAGCCUAUUCAGGAGAAGGCCCCCGAUCCCUUCCGUUCUGGCCACUACCGCGCUGACGACCCCAGUGUUCUCCGCGAUCGCGACAUGGAGGUCGACACCACUCUGGAGUCUCUGACCAAGAGAAUUGAGAGGCUCACCAGCCCCGAUGGCACCCAGAAGAGCCCAGCCCGCAUGUGCCGUGACCUGAGGAUGUGCCACCCUGAGUACCAGAGCGGCACCUACUGGGUGGACCCCAACCAGGGAUCUACUCUGGAUGCCAUCAAGGUCCAUUGCAACAUGGAGACUGGCGAGACUUGCGUCUACCCCAGCCAAUCCACCGUGCCCAUGAAGAACUGGUACCAGAGCAGGAACCCCAUCAAGAAGCACGUCUGGUUCAGCGAGUCCAUGACUGGUGGAUUCCAGUUCCAGUAUGGCAGCGAGGGAGCUGACAUCGAGGAUGUGAGCAUCCAGAUGACUUUCAUGCGUCUGAUGGCCAACCAGGCCUCACAGAACAUCACAUACCACUGCAAGAACAGCAUCGCCUACAUGGACUCCACCACCGGCAACCUCAAGAAGGCCCUGCUGCUCCAGGGCUCCAACGACGUGGAGAUCAGAGCCGAGGGCAACAGCCGCUUCACAUACAGCGUCAGCGAGGAUGGCUGCACGUCACACACUGGCUCAUGGGGCAAGACAGUCAUUGACUACAAGACAUCGAAAACAUCCCGCCUGCCAAUCAUUGACAUUGCUCCUAUGGAUGUUGGUGCCCCUGAUCAGGAAUUUGGCGUUGAAGUUGGCCCCGUUUGCUUCUUGUAA